AAUUUUCCAAUCGCUACUCUUCUCCUUCAAUCUCUUCUCUCUCUCUCUCUCUCUCUCUCUCUCUCUCUCUCUCUACAAUGCUGCUUCUCUUCGUCCCGUCCCCUCCGCUCUUUCCCGCCAAAUUCAAAUCCGAAACCCUAACCCCAUGGUAUGGCUCCCUCCGCUCCCCUCGCCUCGCACGCAGCUUUCGCCGGAUCCCCUUCCCCUCUCCACCCCGGCGGCGGCAGAGGAGCCCUCCGCCGCCGAUCUCCGCCGCCGUCUCCGUCGGCUCCGGCGAGGACGACGCCUUCACCAAAUACUCCGGCUAUCUAUUCGAGGGCGGUGCCUCCUCGGAGGCGGAGUUCUUGGAGGAGUACAACCUCCUGGCGAUCACCGCGAUCUAUCGCCGGAAACCCUUCUUGGUCCUCCGCCGCUUCGUCCAAAUCGGCACCACGUUUGGGCGGUGGUUCGCCUUUAGGUACCUCGAUGGCGUGCUGGAUCGAUCGGAUGAGAUGUUUAAGAUUAGAGCUGCGGAGCUUCGGAUGAUUCUGCUAGAACUCGGUCCGGCAUUCGUUAAGAUUGCUCAAGCUGUCUCAUCAAGGCCAGAUGUGAUUCCACCUGCAUAUCUUGACGAGCUUUCAUUGUUACAAGAUCGUAUAGCGCCCUUUUCAACUGAGGUUGGUUUCAAUAUAAUAGAGAAAGAGCUCGGCUUGCCAGUAGAUAUGCUUUAUUCCGAAAUCACACCAGAGCCAAUUGCUGCAGCUUCCCUCGGGCAGGUUUACCAGGCCAGGCUUCGUUCUUCUGGGAAAGUUGUUGCUGUCAAAGUGCAAAGGCCUGGCGUUCAAGCAGCAAUUUCAUUAGAUAUCUAUAUUCUCAGAUAUGUUGCAGGACUUGUCAGGAGAGUUGCUAAUUUGAACACAGAUCUUCAGGCUGUACUUGAUGAGUGGGCAUCAAGCCUCUUCCGGGAGAUGGAUUACAGGGCUGAAGCAAGGAAUGGAGCGAAGUUCAGGGAGCUUUACGGAAGAUUGAAAGAUGUUAUGGUGCCGGAAAUGUAUAUGGAGCAGACUAGUCGACGAGUCCUCACCAUGGAAUGGGUGGAGGGGAAGAAACUAUCUGAAGUUAAAGAUAUUUAUUUAGUUGAGGUAGGAGUCUAUUGCUCGCUUUCUCAGCUUUUAGAUUAUGGGUUUUAUCAUGCAGACCCUCAUCCUGGAAAUCUCCUGCGAACAUCAGAUGGGAAGCUAGCUUACUUAGAUUUUGGAAUGAUGGGUGAAUUCAGACAAGAACUUCGGGAUGGAUUUAUUGAAGCUUGUCUUCAUCUUGUUAACCGUGAUUUUGAUGCUCUGGCAAAGGACUUCAUUACUCUUGGACUUCUCCCUCCAACUACCCAGAAAGAUGAAGUUACGAAGGCAUUGACAGAUGUGUUUCAAAAUGCUGUGAAUAAAGGAGUUCGCAAUAUAAGCUUUGGAGAUCUCUCUGGGAAUCUUGGGCGCACCAUGUACAAAUUUAAGUUUCAGAUACCCUCAUAUUUCUCUCUCGUCAUUCGGAGCCUUGCUGUUUUAGAGGGCAUUGCAAUCAGUUUCGAUCCAAAUUACAAAGUUUUGAGUAGUUCAUACCCAUGGAUUGCAAGAAAAGUUCUCACUGACAGCUCACCCAAGCUUCGAGCUACUUUGCAGACUCUCCUUUAUAAGGACGGUGUUUUCCGGAUUGAUCGUCUAGAAUCUUUAUUAACAGAGUCCCUUCGUGCAAGAACUGAACAGUCCCUUGUUAGAGGCGAAGUAGAAGAAACUGAUUCCAGAGCUGCAAUCAAGCAAGUAAUGACCUUCACAUUGACUGACAAGGGUGCUUUUGUAAGGGAGAUAAUUCUGCAAGAGGUUGCUAAGGGAAUAGAUGCUCUUGGCAUGGCGACUUUGGACACCAUUACUUCUACCGCUGCUUCAAGAUUGCCAUUUGUCAUUUCUUAUUCAUCCUCCUCAAUGGGUCAUGAGGAUAUUGCUAACUUGCAGACAUUGCGCCGCCUUCUUCUGCUCCUAUCCAAGCUUCAGAAGAAUGAGAGUUCAACUGCAGAAGUAAGAUACGCUAAUGCCGAGGAGAAGGAAAACAGUAAAGCAGAGGAGGUUUCUCUUGUUCUCUAUGAGAUGACAUCUGUUCAGGAGUUUCUGCCUGUUCUCUCUGUCAUACCUGAGCUGCCAUCGGAGUCCCAACAACAGUUGCUUCUUCUCCCUGUGGAUUUAGCUGGCAGGCUUUUAUCUCGGGUGGUUGCAAGAACAGUCAGAAGGAUUUUCUUGUGAGCCAAUAAAAUAAAAUAAAAUGAAAUAAAAACUUUUUUGCCGAUUCAUUGCAUUGCUCACUACAAAAGUCCAUCGCUUUAUAUAAUUCAUUACGAGGAUAUAGUGCUGUAUGAGGGCCAAAGUUUACCUUCAACGUACUAGUAAUUGAUUUUGCGCAACAAUUGAACCCA